GUUGAAUCUAAGAUUUUCAAGGGCUGAGAAAGAACGGGCGCUGACUCUGAUGCCAGUGAUGCGACGAGCUGUCAAUGUGGGUUCCUGACAUCAGGGACAAACCUCUCAACACAAGCAUUUGAAGGUACACUUCAAACUGCUGUCCAUCGGCACCAAUGGGCUCCCCUCUGACAACCUCUGCUGCAACCAAUCAGGCAAUGACAUCACCAGCCAGUCUGUGGCGAGCUGGCGCCGUCGCCGGCAGUCUCAGCCGACGCGUGGCUCGCUCAGUGCAACCUAAUUUUGCCUUCUUCAACGCUCUUACAGCGAUGCAAACAAGCCCAGUCAGCAGCCACUCCGGGAGCGGUUUGGCUUCGGGGGAGGCCGGGUUCCUCAAGGGAGGAGCGGUUAGUGGAGGGUCGAAAGAUGGGGGUGUGGGUGUGGUAAUGGUUCCUGGGGCGAGGAGAAAUGUGGUGACCAAUGUGGUUAGGGACGGGGUUACGGGGGGUGCGGAGAAGGUUGGGAAGCAGUUUGAGUGGGACGCAGAGGAGUUGCGGCGGAUCCAUGAGGAAAAGGAACGCUGGCUGAGGGAAAGGGAAGACAGAUGGGAGCAAGUGGAACAGCAAGAAAAGCGGGGCGCCCGCGAUGCUGCCGAGGAGGACAACGGCGUCAUGUGGCCCAAGAUCUCAUCUGAGAAGCCCCGACCAGCACAGAAACCCCGGGCAGCCACCUCAACAAAAUCUCCAAACCCUAAAACGGCACCCCAGUCAGCAGAACUAGACUGGACCGGCAAAACCUGGGGAAAAGCGGUAACGGAAGACGGCGGCGCAAGAAGGGACGAUCAAAGGGGUCCACGGAGAAGCGGGGCAUCGAACGCUGGGGCUCCUAGGGGGGCUUUCGCAAGCGAGGGGUUCGAGACACGAGUGCCGAACACUGUCCGGCCCGCCCCCUGGGAGAGAGCGGGGCGACCUGCCGCUGUCGAUGGGGGUGGUGAUGCUAGCAGGGAUCGUGCAAGAGCAGCUAAUGUCAGCAGGGAGCGGCGGCAGGGAGAAGCGGGUGGUGCUUUUGCAAUGCCGAGGAGGAAACUGUCGUAUGAGAGAGAGGGGGCGGGGGAUGGGGUGCCGGCGAAGGAGUUGCCCGGCACUUCAAAUGCGAACGUGCUCUUGGGGAGGAGCCUAGAGGAGCUGACAGCGUUUGCCGUGGAGCAGGGGGAGCCAAAGUUUCGUGGCCAGCAGCUGCACGACGCCCUGUACAAGCAGAAGGUGCAGGACUGGUCGCAAAUCACAGGACUGCCGAAGGCCUGGAGAGAGAAGCUGAGCUCCGCAGGAUUUGAGAUCGGAAGGGCGCCUGUCCACACUUCCGUUCAAGCGAAGGACGGCACUGCAAAGCUUCUGUUGCGGUUGCACGACGGGCGGUUGGUCGAAACGGUGGGCAUUCCGGGCGACUCGCUCGGGAAGGAGGACGCUUCUGGGGAUGGCGCAAAGAAGCUGCAGAAGGGGCAUCUUACAGCGUGCAUCUCAUCACAGGUGGGCUGCGCGCUGCGGUGCGCUUUUUGCGCGACCGGCAAGGGCGGCUUCUCGCGCCACCUGGCGGCGCACGAGAUUGUGGACCAGGUUCUGGCGAUAGAGCAGUUCUUUGGGGAGCGUGUCAGCAACAUCGUGUUCAUGGGCAUGGGGGAGCCGAUGCUCAACCUCAAAAACGUGCUGCCCGCCUUUCGAUGCAUAAACAAGGACGUCGGCAUCGGGCAGCGCAGCAUCACCAUCUCGACUGUGGGCGUCCCCAACUCGAUCUCCAUGCUCGCGGAAUACAAGCUGCAAGCCACGCUGGCUGUCAGUUUGCACGCGCCCAACCAGCGGCUGCGCGAGCAGAUCAUCCCCAGCGCGCGCUCGUACCCCCUCAACGCGCUGCUGACCGACUGCCGCGAGUACUUCGCAAAGACGGGCCGGCGGGUCUCCUUCGAGUACACGCUCCUCGCUGGCGUCAAUGAUUCGUAUCACGACGCCAAGGAACUAGCUGGGUUGCUGUACCAGUGGAAGCUGGCGCAUCACGUAAACGUCAUCCCGUACAACCCGGUAGAGGACUCGGAGUUCAAGCGACCCGACAGAUCGGCGGUCCAAACUUUCGUGGAAACUCUGACGAAGCACAAGCUGACGGCCAGCAUCCGCCGAACGCGGGGCUUGGAAGCGAAUGCGGCGUGUGGGCAGCUCCGCAACGCGUUCCAGAAGACGCCCUUGGAUGUGGCGAGUUUGGAGCAGGGCCAGCCUUUAGCUGUGGGCGCAUAGGGGCGCGAGCGGCUAGGGCUCGGGAAGUAUCGAUAAGGGUUGCUCAAGCAGAUUGUAUCCCCUUUACGAAUUUGUCGCAGGCUCUCCGUCUUGGGUCAUUAACCGAAACGAGGAUGAUUACGGGUCUUACUCCAGGUUACUUCGCUACUUCCUGAUAUUAUUUUCCUCGAUGGCACUAGGUUCGAAAAGCUGAUCUGAGCACUUGUAAGCUGACUCUGAGAUAAAAGAACCAUCAAAGGCUAAGUUACGCUGCAGUUCUGAGCUGAUCUGCCCAAAGCGAUGUGCAUGGGUUAGUCCUCGUUGCACAAAUCAACGUAGCGCGACAAUCGUUUGUUGUUGUUCAUGUACGCAGGUAUACCAUGUUGGAAUAGUAUCUGGUCCGUUCGUGAGAAAUUCAUC